AUGGGUAGAAAAAUUGAGAUUAAGAAAAGUGAAGAAACAUCAAAGCGUCAAGUCACAUUUUCAAAGCGACGUAGUACUUUACUAAAGAAGGCGAAAGAGAUUGCAAUUUCUGGUGAUGUGGAUGUGUUGUUGGUCGCGUUCUCCACUGCUCAACGUCUUAGUAAAUUCUGUAGCAAAAAUAGAAUUGAAGACAUCCUUCAACGCUACAUUGAGCUUCCGAUUGCGAGAAAAUUUUCGAUUGAGGUUUCUUGCUUGAGUAUUGAAGAUGAAAACAAACUUAGGGACCUAGUAGAGGUACCAGGACCUCAUGAUGAGGAGCAAGUUGAAUUCCAGCUGGAGACUGUACAGAAAGUUGUUGCACACUUCCCGAUGGCGUUAGAAAGUGUGACUUUUCCAGCCGAUGGCAAAGGAGUUUAG